AGAGAGUGGCUGAAGCAGGAGAAGCGGGGUUAACGGCGCUCAACUCAUCUGGACUACCCGGGCUAACUUUAGCUACAUGUGCUGAGGUCGAUUCCGACUGCAACGAUGCCCACGGUUACUUUACCGCCGAAGGAGAAUGCUCUCUUCAAGAGGAUUUUGCGAUGUUACGAGCACAAGCAGUACAGAAAUGGGCUCAAGUUCUGCAAACAGAUCCUGUCCAACUCCAAAUUUGCAGAACAUGGAGAGACGCUGGCAAUGAAGGGCUUGACCCUCAACUGCCUGGGGAAGAAGGAGGAGGCCUACGACCUGGUGAGGAGAGGCCUUCGCAACGACCUCAAGAGCCACGUCUGCUGGCACGUCUACGGUUUACUGCAGCGCUCCGACAAGAAGUACGACGAGGCCAUCAAGUGUUACCGCAACGCUUUGAAGUGGGAUAAGGACAACCUGCAGAUCCUGAGAGAUCUGUCGCUGCUGCAGAUCCAGAUGAGGGACCUGGAGGGAUACAGGGAGACGAGGUACCAGCUCCUGCAGCUGCGCCCCGCCCAGCGGGCCUCUUGGAUCGGAUACGCCAUCGCCUAUCACCUUCUUGAAGAUUAUGAAAUGGCUGCAAAAAUCAUUGAAGAGUUCAGGAAAACGCAGCAGACGUCUCCGGACAAGGUGGACUACGAGUACAGCGAGCUGCUGCUGUACCAGAACCAGGUGCUGAGAGAGGCCGGUCUGUACAAGGAGGCCCUUGAUCAUCUGUCCAACUACGAGAAGCAGAUCUGUGACAAACUUGCCGUGGAGGAGACGCGAGGAGAGUUGCUGUUGAAGUUGGAGCGCCUGGACGAAGCCACAGAGGUCUACAGGCGUCUGCAGGAGAGAAACCCGGAGAACUGGUCCUAUUACCACGGCCUGGAGAAAGCCCUGAAACCCAGCAGCGUUGAGGAGAGACUCAAGAUCUAUGAAGAAACCUGGGAGAAGUUUCCUAAGGGGCUGGUUCCUCGAAGGCUGCCGCUUAACUUCCUCUCAGGUGAGAAGUUCAGGGAGUGCCUGGACAGAUACCUGAGGAUGAACUUCAGUAAAGGCUGCCCGCCUGUCUUCACCACGCUCAAAUCGCUGUACAGUGACAAAGAAAAGGUGGCAAUUAUAGAGGAAUUAGUGGUCAGCUAUGAAACGUCGUUGAAAAGCUGUCGAAUGUUCAGCCAGAACGACGACGGUAAGGAGGAGCCUCCCACCACGCUGCUCUGGGUGCAGUACUUCCUUGCUCAGCACUACAACAUGAUCAGCCAGCAGACCCUGGCUCUCGAACACAUCAACACCGCCAUCGACAGCACGCCCACGCUCAUCGAACUCUUCCUCAUCAAAGCCAAGAUUUACAAGCACGCUGGGAACAUCAGAGAGGCGGCUCAGUGGAUGGACGAAGCCCAGACUCUGGACACCGCCGACCGGUUCAUCAACUCCAAGUGUGCCAAGUACAUGCUGAAGGCGGGCAUGAUCAAAGAGGCGGAGGAAAUGUGCUCCAAGUUCACCCGGGAGGGGGCGUCAGCGGUGGAGAACCUGAACGAGAUGCAGUGCAUGUGGUUCCAGACCGAAUGUGCGCUCGCCUACAAAGCCAUGAACAAGUUUGGAGAAGCCCUGAAGAAGUGUCACGAGAUCGAGAGGCAUUUUGUGGAGAUCACAGACGACCAGUUCGACUUCCACACCUACUGCAUGAGAAAGAUGACGCUACGCUCCUACGUGGACCUCCUGAAGCUGGAGGAUGUUCUCCGCAUGCAUCCCUUCUACUACAAGGCUGCCACCACGGCGAUCCAGAUUUACCUGAGCCUGCAUGACAAUCCCCUGACGGACGACAGCAAAGAGCUGCAGGCGGACACCGCCAACCUGUCUGAUAAAGAGCUGAAGAAGCUGAGGAACAAACAGCGAAGAGCCCAGAAGAAAGCGCAGCUGGAGGAAGAGAAGAAGAACGCGGAGAAGGAGAAGCAGCUGAAGAACCAGAAGAAGAAGAAGGAGGAUGACGACGAGGAAAUCGGGGGGCCAAAAGAGGAGCUCAUUCCCGAGAAACUGGUCAAGGUAGAAAGUCCGCUGGAGGAAGCAGUCAAGUUCCUGACGCCGCUGAAGCAUCUGGUUAAAGACAAGAUUGAGACGCACCUGUUGGCCUUUGAGAUUUACUUCAGGAAAGAAAAAUCCCUAUUGAUGCUCCAGUCGGUGAAGAGAGCCCUCAGCAUCGAUCCGGACCACCCAUGGCUUCACCAGUGUCUGGUGCGCUUCUUUAAAGGAGUUUCGGAGAGCAAGGAGCUGCCGGACGUGGUCAGGACGGUGCUGAAGCAGGAAAUCACCCGGCUGUUUGGAGACAGCAACGCUAAGAGCUUCAACCAGGCCUACCUCACCAAGCACUCAGACUCCAUACCACACCGACUGGCUGCUGCGAAGAUGAUGGUGUAUCUGGACUCGUCAACGGAAACAAAAGCAGCAGAACUGGCCACAUCACUGGACGAGUCGCUCAACAACAGAACUAUACAAACCUGCACAGAAGUCCUGGAUUGUCUUCGGAGCGGCUCGCUGGGAGACUGUAAAGAACACGCGGAGUCGUACCGUGCCGAGUGUCACAAGCUUUACCCGUACACGUUAGCUUUCAUGCCCCCCGGCUACGAGGAGAACACAAAGAUGGCGAAUGGAGACGUUUCCACAGAAACGGAGGAGCUAGCCAACGAGAUGUAAGCGCUGCAGAAGAGCGGCGGUUAAGAAAAGGAGUUGGGCUGAGCACAGAGCCUUGUGGUACGCCAGGCAGCCAUUUUUUUUUCUUUCUUUCUUUUUUUUUUUUUUAUUUUUUAA